UUCCAGGACUCUGGCCCUGAUGUAGCUGUCUUUCUGAGCCACUGACUCUUGAUUCAUGGACACAGCCUCAGCUCCAGUGGGCUCCCUACAGUACUGUUGUUGUUAGCUGUCUAAGAUGGGUGACACCUGGUCCCAGCUGCCCUGGCCUGGUCCCCCCCACCCAGCCAUGCUGCUGGUCUGCCUCCUCUUGGCAGCCGGGGUGAUGCGCUCGGACGCCGGCACCAGCUGCCCCGUGCUUUGUACGUGCCAUAACCAGGUGGUGGACUGCAGCAGCCAGAGGCUCUUCUCCGUGCCCCCUGACCUGCCAAUGGACACCCAAAACCUCAGCUUGGCUCACAACAGAAUCACAGCCGUGCCGCCCGGCUACCUCACAUGCUACAUGGAGCUCCGCGUGCUGGAUCUGCGCAACAACUCCUUGAUGGAGCUGCCCCCGGGCCUCUUUCUCCACGCCAAGCGCUUGGCACACCUGGAUCUGAGUUACAACAACCUCAGCCACGUGCCAGCCGAUAUGUUCCAGCAAGCCCACGGCCUGGUGCACAUCGACCUGAGCCACAAUCCGUGGCUGCGCAGGGUGCAUCCCCAGGCUUUCCAGGGCCUGGUGCAGCUCCGAGACCUGGACCUCAGCUACGGGGGCCUGGCCUUCCUCAGCCUCGAGGCCCUUGAGGGCCUGCCGGGGCUGGUGACCCUGCAAAUCGGCGGCAACCCCUGGGUGUGCGGCUGCACCAUGGAGCCGCUGCUGAAGUGGCUGCGGAACCGGAUCCAGCGCUGCACGGCGGAUUCUCAGCUGGCUGAGUGCCGGGGCCCCCCUGAAGUUGAGGGCGCUCCACUCUUCUCCCUCACUGAGGAGAGCUUCAAGGCCUGCCACCUGACCCUGACCCUGGAUGAUUACCUCUUCAUUGCGUUCGUGGGCUUCGUGGUCUCCAUUGCCUCCGUGGCCACCAACUUCCUCCUGGGCAUCACAGCCAACUGCUGCCACCGUUGGAGCAAGGCCAGUGAAGAGGAAGAGAUUUGAUGUGGGCGCCUGGCGUCCCUCCAUGCUGCUGGCCACCACUGCUGGUGACCACCAGACACUGCUCACUCUGGCUCUUGGUGCUCUGGCCAUCUCUGUCAUGACCCGAACAAGGUCGGGAAACUACCUUUCUGUGAUCUUCAACUGUGGGCCAGACACUGUGCCAGAACUGGAAACGUCCGAUGACUCUGACCUAGUCCUUGCCCCCAAGGCUCUUACCUCUAAUGGAAGAGAGAGAUUCAAAAACUAUUCCCUUUAAGACAAUUUGUCAGCACUCUCAGCACAUAGUUAUGAAAGCGCAGAGGAGGGAUCAUCAACUGUGCCUAGAAAAGUCCAAAAGAAUUACAAGAAUGGAGGAAAUUUGGAGCUGACUCAUCAAAAAAUGUCUGCUUUGUCAAGUAGACAAAGAAGGGUGGACAUGAGCAAAUGACAGAGGCCAAAAUAUGCAUGGUGUGUUGAGAACAGUGACCAACCCUUGUGACUUAAGUGUAUAGAGCAGGUGUGGCAGAGGACCAAAACUUUCCUCUGACACCCAAUCUUUCAGCUCCUGGAGUUGCCCACCACUGCCUCCAGAGGGAGAGAACACCUCUGUGCCAGCCCCCUAAGCCUCCUCCUGCCAGGAGCUACCAGGUGAGAUCACUUCCUAAUGACUGCCCCCCCAUACUACAUCCACCAAUUGCAGCCUGCCAGUGA